GGCACACCGAGACCCAGACCAGCCCCGCCCGCUGCUCCCCGACCCACACAGCAGUCAGUCAGCCAUGGAGAAGAGCGCCCACACGGUGAUCGACGUGGCCGGCUACCUCGGCAACAUCCAGCUCCGCCAGUGGCCCCAGUACGUGGGCACGCUGCUGGCCGGUCUCACGCAGCUCGAGAUCGGCAUUGUGAUGGCCUUCUCUGCCGUGCUGUUGCCGCAGCUGGAGGCGGACGGGGUGGAAGUCUCUCCCGAACACCAGAGCCUUCUCGCGUAGCAAGUGUGCAGCAAUCGACAACGGGAAGGUUUGUGUUUGGAGUUUAGUAGGAGAGGCGCCAGAGGGUUCGCCCACUUCACAGCUACGUUAGACAAGGUCCAGAGUCAAAGUUACUAAUACUAGGUCACUUCAGCUAUCCUUUAGAUUCACGAAUCAAGGGCGGGACAUCAAUAGGGGCAAGAGGGACACCAGUCAACAGGGACAUGAUUAAACCACUGCUAACUAAUUGGUAUUCCCUGAUACCAGCUAUUUAGCAAUGGCGUACCUGCACUGGAUAAACGGUCACACAUUUCCACCGUGAGCAAUCACAUUACCGAGUUUUUUAUGCAAUUAGUUAGCUCUCCUGCCAGAAAGAAAGGAUUCAGACUUGGGAUCCGUAGACACAAAAAAGGCGCUGACUGUGAACAAAGUAUGUGGCAAAGACGGAAGGAAUUAGGAGCGACCAGAAGGUCGACUCCGAGGCUGAUGGUCGGCCGACUGCAGCGCUGGGGCCGGCCAGAAGACGCGGAGCCGCGGCCGCUGCCAGCGCCGACAGCCAGCUGAGAGGAAGGAGGACGCGCCGGCGACUCUGGAGGGCCCAGCCCCGCCGCCGUCCCCGGUGGGCACCGGUAGCGCGAGCGGCGGCCGAGCGGCGACCACCGGCGGCCGGCCGGCGGGAUCGCUCCCUCGCGCUCCACCGACACCCUAGCCUAGCCGGUAGCGGCGCCCGGCACCGGAAGUCUGUUUGUCCAUCACCACGGCCGGCAUCGUGCUGGGCUGCUCUCUGAGCACGGUGCUGCUGCGCUACAUGGGCCCGCGCCGGCUCAUGAUGCUGCACAGCCCGCCGGCGGCCGCCAGCUGGCUCCUGGUGGCCGCCGCCAGCGACAUCCGCCUCGUCAUCGCCGGGAGGCUCCUGGUCAGCUUCUUCAACGCCGUCACGCUGCCCUGCUACCAGGCCUACAUCUGCGACGUGGCUGUGCCGCGGCUGCGGGGCCGGCUCUCGGCCACGCCCGAGGUGCUCUGCUCGCUGGGCGUGCUGAUCGGCUACGGCGUCGGCUCGGCCGUGCACUGGACGCACAUGGCCGCCAUCCUGGGCGUGCUGCCCAACGUGCUGAUCUUCGCCGGCUUCCUCUGGCUGCCGGAGUCGCCCAGCUGGCUGACCGCGCAGCUGCAGUUUGACGAGGCCGCCGAGGCCGGACGCUUCUACAAGGGCGACGACUACCCAGUGGAGCGCGAGAUCGAGGCCGCCGCGCGCCGCGCCGAGAAGAGCGAGCGCGUGACCGUGCGGGACGUGCUGCGGAAGAUGGCAAACCGCGAGACGCUGCUGCCCAUCCUGCUGGUCACCGGCCUGUUCGUGUUCCAGAUCCUGUCCGGCAUGCUGGCCGUGCUCAGCUACGUGGUGACCAUUUUCCAGAUGGCGGGCACCUCGCUGGACGAGUACAUGUGCGCCGUCAUCAUCGGCGUCACCCGGCUGGCGGCCAACGUGCUGGCCUCCGGGUUCGCCGACCGGUUCGGCCGGCGCACGCUGCUGAUCGGCUCCAGUCUUAUGUCGGCGCUCAGCCUGGCCACGCUGGGGGCCUACUUCUGGGCGCAGCAGCGCGGCCAGCUGGCCUCGGCCGACAGUCUCGGCUGGGUGCCCGUCACCGCCCUCAUCCUCUACAUGGCCGCCGCCAACUUCGGCAUCGGCCCCGUCACCUGGAUGGCCAUGGGGGAGCUGGUGCCGGCCAGCGUCAGCUCGGUGGCUAACGGCGCCAUCCUGCUCGUCUGGGGCGCCGUCUACUUCGGCGUGCUGCAGGCGUUCCCGUACCUGACGCGCUGGCUGGGCGCGCACGGCACCUUCUGGGCGUUCGCCGCGUGCUGCGCCGCGCUGGCCGCCUUCGCGGCGCUGCUGCUGCCGGAGACGCGCGGCCUGGAGCUGCACCAGGUGGAGACGCUGUUCGCGCGCCGGCCGCCCACCGACGCCAGCCAGGACAAGAAGGCGGACGACCUGCGGGAGGUCCGUCCGCGCCACGAGCCGCUGCCGGUGCAGCGUAACGCGCUGCAGCUGGACCGGCAGCAGGUGCAGGAGCUGCGGCAGGUGCGCCGGCGCACCGAAUCCUGCAUGGCCGAGUUCCGCACCCCGGCCGCCAACUAGAGCCCACCACUCCAACCGGCAGGGCCGGUGGUGCCUCAACACACACUGGAGGUGGGUCCAGCUCACAGUUCCACCGGCGAACAGUUCCAACUGUAGUGGGCACAGGGACGAUACCCGCGGUCAACCGCACCCGCGAUACCCAAUAUCAUUAGACGUUAGGGAAAGUGCCGAGGGAGAAAUGCACGUCGUGAUAAGCAUUAUUGGUGGUCUCAUGGUUGUGCUUGUGAGCUAGAACACACACAAACUGAAAGCAGUGGCGUAUUUAAUACAAAGGCAGUCCUGCCUUGAAACAUUAUUAGGUAGGCUUGAAGAGUGGCAAGAGCGGCGAGUGGAAUAAAUGGAAAAUGUCGGUUA